CUCCACCUCCACGUCGCUGCAGUUGCGCGCAGAUUUCAGUGAUGAUAACGAAGUGAAACGGGGACCACAAACUCGUGCACAGCUCGGCGUCUUUGUGGCAGGUGCGCCCCCCGCUGAGUGCCUCAAACAGCUCACUGGCUAAAUGAAAUGCAGAGGAGGAGCUGCCGUCAGUGGGCCAAGAAGAAACUUCCCUGUCAGUUGAGAGUGUGACAACAACGUGGAGCGCGCCUCGCGGAGCGCAGCAUCAAACCCGAACCGGAGAAAGUACAUUUAUCCUGCGGAUCGCUCGCGUUUUCAUCAAGAACUCCGGAGGAUCGUGGGGCUUAAGUGCGUGCGUAAAAGAGACAUUUGGAAAGCAUGGAUUUGCUUUUAGUUGGAGAUCCUGGUGAAAGCUCAUUGAUGGAAAGUGUCACUACCUCGGACGCGAGGAGGGAAAAUCUGCUUAGUGUGAAACAGUGAACGAAGUCCCUGCAGGUAUGAAUUCCACGGAAGAAACGGGGGGAUUUAAACCCCCCACCAUCCCAGCGAUUAUGUUCAUUUUCGGGGUGGUGGGAAAUGUGAUUGCCAUAGUGGUUCUGCGGAUUUCGCGGAAGGAACAAAAAGAGACGACUUUUUACACUCUUGUGUGUGGCCUGGCGGUGACAGACCUCCUGGGAACCCUGCUGGCCAGUCCUGUCACCAUCGCCACCUACAUGAAGGGGUCGUGGCCCGGCGGGGAGCCUCUGUGCCAGUACUCUGGCUUCAUCCUGCUCUUCUUCUUCUUGGUCCAGCUCAGCAUUGUGUUCGCGAUGUCAGUGGAGAGAUACCUGGCGAUAAACCAUGCUUAUUUCUACAACGAGUACGUCAACCAGAGACUCGCCGCGCUGACACUUUUGUCCAUUUACAUCUCCAACAUCGUGUUUUGCGCGCUGCCCAGCAUGGGGCUCGGCCAGGUGAAGCGCCAGAACCCGGGGACCUGGUGUUUCAUCGACUGGCAGAACAACAACACAACAGUGGCGACUUUUAAUCUGAUGUACGCAGGCGUGAAUUCAGUCAUCGUGCUGGCCACUGUCAUAUGCAACGUGAUGGUGUGCGGGGCUCUGAUCCUGAUGCACAAGCGCUUCAUCCGCCGCACGUCUUUGGGCACAGACCAGCGGCGCAUCGCGGAGCUCAGACGCAGACGGAGCUUCGGACGCUUAGCCGGAGCAGAGAUCCAGAUGGUCAUCCUGCUUAUAGCAACCUCCGUUGUGGUUCUCAUCUGCUCCAUACCUUUAGUGCUGAGGAUCUUUGUGAAUCACCUGUACAGAAACGAGGGAGAAGAGUCUUUCACGUUGAAUAAGGACCUGCUGGCCAUACGUAUGGCCUCUGUCAACCCCAUCUUAGACCCUUGGAUCUACAUCCUGCUCAGAAAGACAGUGGUCCUCAAACUGAUGGAGAAAAUUAAGUGUCUCUUCUGCAAAAUGGGCGGACGAGGGCGAAGGAAUGGCACGCAGUUCCGCUGUGCCGACGGCCACCUCUCCUCCUCCAUCAUCUCCCGGGACUCUCCUUCACUUGUGUCACGUGGGCUCCAGGAAAUGAUGACCACCUCGCAGACCUCCCUGUACCCGUCUGAGGGAAACCCCAGGAGGUCUUUUCAAGCAGGACCGCAGUGUGGCUCCAGCCCACCAGCUGCACAGAUGUUACAGAGCCCCCAGAAGGACAACAGGUCUCACAGGGGGCUUUCACAGACUGAUUUAGAGGACGCAGCAGCGGGCAGGCCCAAGGAUCCAGCUCUACAUGUGACCUUCACAGACGAGAGUGCAAACACACAGGAGAAAUGCAUAUGAGAAUGAAGAGCAGAAGGCUGGACAAUCGUCCAUUAAUCUGUAGAUAAUAUCUAGUGGACUGAAAAGGAUGUUUGACAGACGUAUUACUGAACUCCCAUUAUACAUGUGUUACUCCUCAGUCAUAACUUACACCAUAUCACUUAAUACACUUCAAUAGAAUCACCGCAGUUACACCGACAACGUGAUGGGGGAGCUCUUAGUUGCACUUUUUGAAUUUUAAAACCACUACUAGGUUGGUUGGUAGGUUGUUAGAAAUGUUUUGUUUCAUGACAACCUGCACACGGACUGUAAAGAAUUCAUGCCAAAAUGUGAACAGUGUUCCAUGGUGUUAAUUUAUUCUAAGUAUGAAACUGUACAUUAUUGUCUUCUCUGUGAGAAGGAGUCGUUUUAAAUCGGUGCAAGGUGAACACUCGGUACAUAUGGAAACAUUUGCAAAUGAUUUGUUCAAAGUGGCCGACGGAGCAGCUAAGAGAUCAAAGCCAGAAUCACAGCAUCCCCCUGCAUUUCAUCCUGAAAGGCAGCUAUACUGUGGCCUUUUCACCAUGCAGGCACUGGGAAGAUGUUAGGAGCUCUUCAAAAAACAAGUGUUUACUCUUUACAGCCCAUUACUUCUUAAGGAUUAAUCAGACUUCAUCUUCUUUCACCUUAACCUAACAAGCAACCCGCCAUCUAAUAAAUCUUUAAAUGCGAACAAAGAAGGGGCAUGAAAAUUGGGAAGACAUUAUUUUGUUUCCAGUCUUUGCCUUUCCUUACAAUGAUUUUCCUGGCAAGACUUUGUUUAAUGGUUCUUCUAAAGAUUCAGAUCGUGUUCAUAUUUCAGUGUUUUUGUUUGUAGCAACAGUUGGUGUCAAGGUUACCACAAAAGGCUGACUGUUUUUGUCAAAAUGCUAAUGUUGUACCAAUCUCAUAAACUAAAAAUAAAAACUGUUAAAUAUUCACAUAA